AUGGAGGUGCACGAUGAAGACUUGGACGAGGUGCUAUGCCAAGUUUUUCGACGGUGCUAUGGAAAUGAAGCAAAUCAUCAUACUGAUUCUGAAUUAUUGACAAUUCGACAAGAUGACUGUCAAACUCUUGCUGUGACCAACGUCGCUGAUUUAGCGAACGAAAUUGAAGCUACACAGCAAGCAUUGCAUCUCAAGAAGCCAUCAAUGACAAAAUUACAGCCUUUAAAGAUUCAACCAAGCCAAAUUCUGACACUGAAAGAUUUGGAAGAUAUUCUACAGGAACUUCAUGAUUUGUACGAACGGAGGGACAAAAGGUUGCUCAGCCAGCGGGAACAAAACUAUAUAGCCUUACUUACUCAAGCCGCAGUAAAUUGUCUCAUCAAUGCGAAUCCAGCAAGUCGUGAGAAUUUCGAUGCUUUCGGAGUCCCCUUCAGGCUUCUUGAUGUGGUAAUACGCCCAUCACCACAGUGGCGUCGACUUGCAUUCAUCUUAUUUUUUGAAUCCAGCGUUGCUUUGCUUGCUGCAACUCUGUCAAGACAUGAUAACCACUCAGCCACUUCAGCAGAGCGCUUGGAGCAGAAUUUAUUUCAUGUAUUGCAAGAUAUGGUAGCCAAGGCCAUAGCAGUCUUCUCAGCGUCUCAAUUAGGCUCUACUACAUCUUCGUCAGACUGGGUCGACCAAGCGAUGGGAUGUUUGACUUUCUUUAUCAAAAAAGCAAAUGGCAAUUAUCGCUCCGAUCGAUUAAGGUUAUUAAAUGAGCACACCCUUAUAUUUCUCGCAGCAGAAGCCAGCAAUCGUGACCCAAUUACUUCAAACUUACAGUUGCAAGUGAUGGAAGUUAUUGUGGCGACAAUGUACGCGCACAAGCUCAAUAGCGGCAACAAGUCAUUCCACAUAUCGACGAAGGACCACACUAUGUGGACUUGCGGUCUGCCAGUAGCCAUUGUGGAAAAGUACGUAAGCUUCGAAUUGCUUAUGUGUUUCCUCAUCUCACCAUUCGCUCGUUUGCAGCGAUUAAUCUAUAUGGUGUUUGUGGAUUGUGUUUGUGACGAUAUCCGACGCUCUGGAAAUCGUGAAGGAAUUAGUUUUGCUGGGCUGGACCAGAUUUGGCACACAUUCGUAAUUUGGGAAGAUCGGGCCAUUAAAUUACGACAAGCUUUGUUCUCGCCGUAUGUCUCAAGCGCUCGAGUCGCAAAAAAUAUGGCUUUAAGCUGUCCGAUAGUGUCGGAAAAACAGUUAAAUGUGUUCGUGACUCGAUUUCGCUCAAUCAUGCAAAUAGACGCAUACUUUGGAGCGGAUCCGAGUCUUGAAAUAUUGAUUAAAGGGGCUAAGAAUUGCGGUAAAUCAAGUUUUCCGAACGAAGUCAUGAGUCAUAUCUCAAAAUUGCUGCGAUCAAGUCGAGGGGUUGAGAGGUUUCGAGGAGAACGAUGGCUUGCAGAACUAUUAUGUAAUGACCGAGGAGAUGAUACUUUUUCAUCGUAUGAUAGCAAAGCAACAACGGCGGCAGGAUCCGUUCGCAAGCAGUCGGAAGCUCGGCUUGUUCGUCCAAAACGAGUAUCUGCGGGAGCAGAACAGGAUAAAACGUUGUGUUCUGAUGAAAACAAAGAAAUCAGCGUAGCUGCGCAAGCGACGUUCUGGGAGUUGUCUCUGUCUACAAAUCCUGAAGAAUACCGAAGAUCGUUUGCAAAAGUAUUAACAUUGAUAGUACAGCGGAGAUUGCAGCUUUGUUCAGGGAAGCCAGGAUCGGUCAUUAAAGAAGUCAAUACUUGUUUGAACGUGCUUCUGGAUUAUCAAGAAAGUGAUGCGACGGUUUUAAUAUCAAUGAUGUUACUCAUUUUGGAAAUAUGUCAAUGUGAUUUAUCCUAUAUCGACAAGCGAUGGAAACAACAGGACAGAAGGAAUCAAAAGGGGUACCUGCAUAACCGUAUCGCCUCAUCGGACUCGUUAGCGUCCCAAGUGCUAAACGGGGAUGUCGCCUUAAAUCUACAAAUGUUGCAGCAAAUGGACGGUGUUUUUUUUCUGCAUGUGCUGACAGUAUUGCAUGAAAUGCCCAGUUCACACCAUAACUUUGAGUGUCAAGGUAUUUGCUGUGGAGUGGACGAUUCUUUGGUUGGAGAUGUAACAGCGUGCACGGCUUUAGUUGUUUCGCAUAUUCUUUCGGAUAAUCAAACAAUCAUUGACAGAGUGGGAGGCUUGGCAGCCUUGACGCCACUUAUGCAAGUGUGUGAUACUCGCAUUGCCAUGUUUAUGGCCAAACUUUUGAGCAAGGUAAUGAAACAGACUGACGAAGUUCAGUACGCUACAUUUCUUCGCGAGCUUUAUGUCGCUUGUAUUGAGGCAGACGACGAGAAAGCACUAUACAACUCGUACUUGCAUGCGCAGAAGAUGCUUCAUUUCGGUUUUAAUGUAUAA